AUGGCUGCUCUGUGGGAAAAUAAUGGUCAAAUGGGCCAGUUCCCUCUGGAACAAUGGUUUUACGAAAUGCCUCCUGUUACCCGGUGGUGGACUGUAGCCACCGUGGCGACCUCGGUGCUGGUGCAGUGUCACGUCGUCACUGAAUUCCAGCUAUUUUACAGCUUCCGUGCGGUCUACGCCAAAUCGCAGUACUGGCGGCUUCUCACAACGUUCAUUUACUUUGGCCCGCUCAAUCUCGACCUGAUUUUCCAUGUCUUCUUCCUUCAGCGGUACUCCCGCCUCCUUGAGGAAUCUUCCGGUCGGUCUCCGGCGCAAUUCGCCUGGCUGGUCACAUAUGCCAUGACUGCACUUUUGAUCAUCUCGCCUUUCCUCUCCCUGCUCUUCCUCGGCACGGCCCUCUCUUCCAGCCUCGUCUAUAUCUGGGCUCGUAGGAACCCGGAGACUCGGUUGAGUUUCCUCGGCUUGCUUGUCUUCACGGCGCCUUAUCUUCCGUGGGUUCUGAUGGGCUUCAGUACGGUCGUGCGCAGGGAGCUUCCUAAGGAUGAGAUGUGUGGUAUUGUGGUGGGCCAUAUCUGGUACUUCUUCAAUGACGUUUACCCGCCGCUGCAUGGUGGCCACCGUCCCCUUGAUCCGCCUCGGUGGUGGCGUCGAUUGUUUGAACCCGUGGAGGCGACAUCUCGCACUGAAAAUAAUGUUGCUCGGGACUUUGUGGCCGCUGCGGCGGAGGUUCGUUGA